UGUUGAGGUAUUGCAUGACUUUCUCUUACAAAUUGAAAUAUAUGGUUCGAGUAGUUUGAGUUAAAAAUAACGAAUGAGGAAAUUGGGGGACCAAAUUCAAUGAAAGAUUCAUCAGAGAAAACUCGGCCUUACAUGCGACUACAUUAGUGACCAUUUUUUUAUUUUUUUCAAAAGCUCACUGGAAACAAAAAAGAUCAACUUAGAGAAGUUCAAAAUUUUUAAGUUCCUUCAAGAAAGCAAAAAAAAAGAACUGUAUUUUAUUUUAUUGUGUAUCAAAAGAUCAUUUUGUUUGGUAAAUGUAUUAAAAGACCUUGUAAAUGCAUAAAUGAAAUCCCAAAAAAAAGAAAAAGAAAAAGAGGAAUCUUCCAGAUGGGAAUACAGUAAUAAAUGUACUUGAUUGCGUAAUCUGAAAUUUGCAAAAAGUUUUAGAAACGUGGAACCCUCGUUUCUGGCCCAGCACUGCCACAUCAUCCGUUUGGGCGUUACAGUGCAGAUUUGAGAUUGCAAUAUACUCCUGCAGCCUCCAAUGCCGAUCUCCCUCUCCUGUCCUGCAACAAUUUUUACCUUCUUAGGCUCUUCUAACGUUUAUGGAUCUUAUUAUUGUUUCUUCUUUUUAAAUAGGAAGACUGGAAGAGCAGUUUUUAAUUUACGUUCAAAGUUUACUUGCAGCAGUUUAGUAGUCACUCAAUCGGUCCGUGUCAGUUUGAACUUUGAAGAAUGUUGUCGUUGUUGUGCGCUGUUGUCAUGGUUUUCUAUGUUCCUCUGCCUCCUGGCUUUGAAAACAUGUCCCCAUUUCCGUUACCUUAUUUUGAUGAUUAUGGUGAUGAUGAUGAUCAGAAUCUCCCAGUCCCAGAGAUUGAUCAUGAGGAAUGGUUUGAAGAGCAACUUGAAGCUGAUCUCAAAUGGUCUUUUGCUUUGAAUGGUGUGUUGCAUGCAGAAACAAGUGAGUUCCAAGAUAUAGUUCUUUUGGAUACUAAGCGAUUUGGAAAGGCUUUGGUGAUCGAUGGAAAGUUGCAGAGUGCUGAAAAGGAUGAGUUCAUUUACAGUGAAUGCUUGGUCCAUCCUGCUCUUUUAAUUCAUGACAACCCCAAAACUGUGUUUAUAAUGGGAGGUAGCCAAGGGUCUACAGCGAGAGAGGCACUGAAGCACAAGGACUUGGAGAAAGUCGUCAUGUGUGACAUUGAUAAGGUCCUAGUAGAUUUCUGCCGUCUACAUCUAACAGCAAACGAGGAGGCUUAUCGUGAUGAGAGGCUUCAAAUCGCCAUUAAUGAUGCAAAGGAAGAGUUAGAGAAAAGUGAAGAGAAGUAUGAUGUAAUAAUUGGAGAUUUAGCAGACCCAAUUGAAGGAGGGACCUGCAAUCAUCUUUACACUAAAUCAUUCUACCAGCAAGUGCUCAAGCCAAGGCUCAAAGACCAUGGUAUCUUCGUCACUCAAGGUGGUCCAGCAGGUAUUCUUUCCCACAAGCAGAUCUUCACAUCGAUAUACAACACCAUAAAACAAGUGUUCAAAUAUGUGAUCGCAUAUACUGCUCAUAUACCUUCUUAUGCAGAUUCAUGGGGAUGGGUUUUGGCAUCAGACGAAGAACUGAAGUUGGAUGUGGAAGAACUAAAAGUCAAGAUAAAAGAAAGAAUGAAGGGAGAUCUAUACUAUUUAGAUGGCGAUUCCAUUUUCUCCUCCACCGUUCUAAACAAGACUGUUUCCACAGCGCUUGUGAACGAAACUCAUGUCUUUACUGAAGAGGAUGCAAGGUUCGUCUAUGGACAUGGACUUACAGCUGCGAACUCUUCUACUACAUAAAACAUCUAUAUAUAUAUAUAUAUAUAUAUAAUUAAGCUCAUCAUCUAUGUAUUGUGCUCACCGGGGGAAAAAAAAAAAGAAGCAAUUAUGUUUCCAGCAAAUGGAAAAGGGAAAACUCUAUUAUAAUGUAAUCUUAGCUAUACAGGCGGAGGAAUAAAAGUACUUUCAUUAGCAAUAUGAUAAGUCAUUUAAUAUCC